AGAAGGGAAGGGUUUCCGACAAAACAAAGAAAACACGUUGCAUUGUUUUGCUAAGAAAGAGAGAGCAGGGGACGGGAGGCAAGGCGGCGUCCUUUGUUUUCCAUUUCUCCCCCUGCUUUUUCUUCUUCCUCGCGCUUCCUUCGGGGCAAUUUCUCCUCUCAAAUCUCUGAAGGAUCGCCUUCUUCCUUUCAAUAAUAAGAAGCAAAACAGCUUUUGCUUUCAUUUUUGAGAACCAAAUCCUACAUUCUUCCUUCCCGCUCUCCAAAGAUCUUUGGAGAAUUUUUUUUUAUCUUGGUUUAUUAUUCGUCGAAACAACUAGUUAGCGAGAUCCGUUGAGCAUGGCGGCUUGUCCGUUGCAAUUUUCUGGUGUGGAAACGGCUCCGUCUCAUCUUUUUCCGAAGCGGAGAUCUUUACCGUGCCGAUCGACGUUGCCGAGUCAGCUCAAUUUUGCUGCAUUUGGGUCUUCCAGUUCUUCAAACUUAUGUUGGAAUCUAAGACAUUGUUGCAACAGUAGAGGUUUUAAAGUUGGUUGCCAAGGAGGAAAUGUGGAUGUGAUUGAAAGGAAUAAGGUUGAGGAAGCAGGUUCCGGAGAAGCAGAGAAUCAAUUAACGUGUGUAAUGAAGUUCGGUGGAUCAUCUGUGGCUUCCGCCGAGCGAAUGCGAGAGGUUGCUGACCUUAUACUUAGUUUCCCCAAUGAAAGGCCAGUCAUUGUUCUUUCUGCAAUGGGAAAGACGACCAAUAAGCUUUUGCUGGCUGGAGAAAAGGCAGUUAGCUGUGGUGUCACUAAUGUAGAUACUAUUGAAGAGUUAAGCUUUAUAAAAGAGCUGCAUUAUAGGACGGCAGAUGAGCUUGGAGUGGACAGGUCUAUUGUUGAUGGACACCUAGAAGAAUUGGAGCAGCUCUUAAAGGGGAUUGCUAUGAUGAAAGAGUUAACACUACGAACCAAGGACUAUUUAGUUUCAUUUGGCGAGUGCAUGUCUACGAGGAUUUUUGCAGCAUAUUUGAAUAAAAUUGGUGUUAAGGCCCGUCAAUAUGAUGCCUUCGAAAUUGGUUUCAUUACCACUGAUGACUUCACCAAUGCAGAUAUUCUGGAAGCAACUUACCCAGCUGUUGCAAAAGGGUUAAAUGAUGAUUGGAUCAGUGAUCCUGCAAUCCCAAUUGUCACUGGUUUCCUUGGAAAGGGCUGGAGAUCUUGUGCAAUUACUACAUUAGGUAGGGGUGGGAGUGAUUUGACAGCCACAACCAUCGGAAAAGCAUUGGGGCUGCGAGAAAUUCAGGUAUGGAAAGAUGUUGAUGGAGUUUUGACCUGUGAUCCUAACAUAUAUGCACGUGCAGAACCUGUCCCAUAUCUGACAUUUGAAGAGGCUUCUGAACUUGCUUAUUUUGGUGCUCAGGUUCUGCAUCCACAAUCCAUGAGACCAGCUAGAGAGGGUGAUAUUCCUGUUAGGGUUAAAAAUUCUUACAAUCCUAAUGCUCCUGGAACUCUUAUCACCAGGGAUAGAGAUUUGAGUAAGGCAGUACUCACCAGCAUUGUUUUGAAACGGAAUGUGACCAUGUUGGAUAUUGUCAGCACACGCAUGCUUGGUCAAUUUGGCUUUCUUGCAAAGGUAUUUUCGAUCUUCGAAGAUUUAGGUAUCUCAGUAGAUGUUGUAGCUACUAGUGAAGUCAGUAUUUCCUUGACCUUGGAUCCAUCAAAACUUUGGAGCCGAGAGUUAAUUCAGCAGGAACUUGACCAUGUUGUCGAAGAACUUGAGAAAAUUGCUGUUGUCGAUCUGCUUCAGCAUAGAUCCAUCAUUUCUCUCAUUGGGAACUUCCAGAGGUCCUCACUUGUAUUGGAGAAGGCAUUUCGUGUUCUUAGGACCAAUGGCGUCAAUGUUCAAAUGAUCUCUCAGGGUGCAUCUAAGGUUAAUAUAUCCUUGAUUGUACACGACGAUGAAGCAGAGCAGUGUGUCAGGGCUCUUCAUUCAGCAUUCUUUGAAAGUGAUCUCGCUGAAUUACAUCAAUAUGGUUCUGCAAAUGGUUCUGCAAAUGGUUCUGCCAAUUGAUGAGAAAGUUAGAGUAUUCUUGAUAUGAAUUCAUUUUGAUUUAAUAAGCUUAGGAGUUUUAUUCUUGCCCUAAGAUGUAACACUAGAAGUGCAGGGUCACGUAGCUGGUAAUGGAUGAUUUUACUAUUUGCCCGAUAUUGCUAAGUUUUCCAUAUGAAUUUAAUGAAAAAAAGUUUGCCCUUUGUUCCAUCUCGAUGCCUUUAAGACAUGGAGGGAUCGAGGAUCAGAAUUUUUAUGAAA